AUGUCUACUGCUGCUGCUGCUGAUCGCGAAGCCGUGAUCAAGAUGAUGCUUGCUGCUAAGGUUUAUCUCGGUUCCACAAACCUUUCCUUCGGCAUGAAGCCAUACGUUUUCACAUGCAGAAAGGAUGGUACACAUGUUAUCAACCUCGCCAUGACCUACGAGAAGAUCAAACUUGCUGCUCGUAUGAUCUACGCCGUUGAAGAACCAAAGGACGUUCUUGCUAUCUCCACAAAGUCAUUCGGUACACGCGCUGUCCACAAGUUCGCUGAAUUCCUCGGCGCUAACUACGUUGAGCAGCGUUUCACACCAGGUCUCUUCACAAACUAUUCCAUCAAGAACUUCUGCGAACCACGCCUCAUGAUCGUCUGCGAUCCAAACACAGACUCCCAGGCCGUUCACGAAGCUGCCUACGCUAACAUCCCAUGCAUUGCUCUUUGCGAUACAGAUGCUCACCUCGACUACGUCGACUGCGUCAUCCCAUGUAACACAAAAAACAAAAACUCCAUGGGUCUCGUAAUGUGGCUCCUCACACGUGAGGUUCUCCGCCUCCGUGGUGCUCUUACACGCACACAGGAGUGGUCUGUCCUUCCAGAUCUCUUCUUCUACCGUGAUGCUGCUGAUGAAGCUAAGAUCGCUGAAGCUCUCGAAGCCGAGGGUGAAGAGACAGUCUCUGAAGAGGGCGCCAUCAUCAACGCCGCUGUUCCAAAGGCUGAAAUCAAGGCUGGUGCCACAAACGAAGAGUGGGAGAACAAGCAGGAAUGGGAUGCUUAA